GGAGGGGCAUCUCUGCCAGGCACAUUUGUGACCCAAAUUCAUUUCUUGUCCCAGAGCUCCACCUCCUCUGUCCUGGCAGCUGCAGGAGCUGCAGCUGAAGGCUGGGAAGAAGGCUCCAGUGCCCAGGCUGGAAGCUCAAGCACGAGCAGCUCGUGCACCUGGAGCACGACUAGCUCCUCUGGCAGCAGAGAGCAGCAGCGAGAGAGCACAGAGGACAAGUGCCUGGCCGUGCUGAAGAUGCUGGUGAGCAAGGGAGAUCCUGAGGCGAAAUACACAGAAGUGGAAACUCUUGGCAAAGGGGGUUUCGGCACCGUGUGCAUGGCAGUGGAGUCUGCCACAGGAGAAGAGGUAAGCGUCAAGCAGCGCCGCAGCUUCUGCAGCUCUCGAGUGCCCUCCCCUCUGCUGUGAGCUGUGGCUGAGCUUUGGGUCGCCAGCAGAGCUUUGCUGCAAAGGCAAAUGGAAUGCAGAGCAAUGUCUGCCUGCCAAAUACAGUGGGGACAGAUUUUGUCCUUCUCAGCUGCCCCAGGGGAUGCAAGGAGGCCAAGCGGUAUCGUUCAGAGGAGAACACACUGGCUGGGUCUAAGUGCCCAGGUGGUGUCUCAGAGCAUGGCACUGCUCUUUGGGGCUGCAGGGUUCCUGAAUUCUCAUUUCUGGCUGUUAGCCAAUACAUGGGAAUCGUGCUGGUAGUUCUGUAGCCACCUGCAGUGCUGCCCUUGGGAUCUGUACUUAGAGAGAGAGAGGUCUGCAAGGAGUCUGUCAAGGGCCUAAGCCCUGCUCAGAGCCUGGUGUACAUCCCUAGAGGAUCCAGGCUUGGGUUAUUUCUUUUUACAGUCAGGCAGUAAUUGCAAAUAUCAGUGGUGUGAAGUAAAGUAUUUUAGUGGAAUGAAAUGCAAAUUCAUGAAGUGAGGAAGUGCUAGGAUUGUCUAUUUUGUCCUUAAUGAUGGUUUCAUCAUCAUGGCAUUUUUUCUGUGAAAUAUGUAGGGUUGUAUUUCUUAGGGGGAAUAACCCUCAGGAUGAUUUUAGGACAGCAUUGUAUCUGUCCUGUCUGUAAGAGUUUGCUUUGUAGUUGUGCAAUGGAGAAUGCCAGUGGUUGCUGGAGGAAUGAUCAAGCCCCCUAGAAGUGCCCAAGGUUUCCCAGCACUUUUGCUCCAUUUUUACUGGCACAAAAUGGCUUCCUGCUUGCAAGAGGUGUGUCAAUGACAAUGGGAAUGAUAAAGUAAGGCCCUGGGGGAAGACGAUGGGCACAGUGAGUGUUGUUAGAGCUUUGAGGUGGAGAGCUUAGACCCUGUUUACAAGGCAAAGGGUAUCUGUCUCUCUGUCCAGGGAGGUGCCCAAGCAAGCAGUCUGAUGUCCAGUCACAGGGCAGUUUGGCCCAGCCCAGCUGGGCUACGGUCAUCCCAUAAUCACUGUCUCCAUCUUCGCCUUGUGGACGUGUGCCACACACUUCUUUGGUUCAUGGUUUUCCAUGUUGUUUUAGGUGGCCAUCAAGAAAAUUAGUCUCCUGCAAGGGAGCAGCAGUGAGCUGUGCCUGAAUGAAAUCCAGGUCAUGCGUGGCACUAAGAAUGCCAACCUUGUGAACUAUGUAGACAGGUGAGUGGUUCUGCUGUCCUGCCAUGAAAGGUCAUUCACAUCCUGCAAGCCAGAGGUUCAACCACUCCUUUGGGCGCUGGCAAAAGAGGAUGGAGCUGUUAAUUCCUGUUUCUGGGCUGAUUUACAGCAUCUUGGAAGGAGAUUGCAUUGGGGCUGCAUUAAUCUUUCCUGGCAUACCUAGUGUGAAGGGCGCUUUCAAAGACAGGACUGGGCCCUGUCUUACUGAGCCAACAGCCUCCAAGUUCCUGUCCUCUCUCCACAUUGUUUUGUUGGGUUUGGGGUUUGAUUUUUCCCCUGGGUUUGAAGUGCUAACAAAGCACUGUCUAUUGUAUUUCCCUUGACCUGUUGCAUUGGUGUGGAUACCGAGCUGUCUUUUACACUGCACAGAGUUCAAACCCUGUAGAGCAUAGUGAAUGACUACUCACUUCCUCCUGUGUUCCUCUGAGAGAGACACAGAAAACAAGAAUCCACCAGGUCAUGUAAGUGCAUGCCUUAUUCUGCAUGCUGUUGUUUCCUCCUUUCAGCUACCUGGUGGACGAGGAACUCUGGCUUGUGAUGGAAUACAUGGACGGAGGUUCUUUACAUGAUGUCAUCAGGGAGACUCACAUGGCAGAAGGAGAGAUAGCAGCUGUCUCUCGGGAGUGCCUGCAAGGCCUGGAUUUCCUGCACUCCAAUCAAGUGAUCCACCGCGAUAUCAAAAGCCACAACAUUCUCCUGGGCUUGGAUGGAUCUGUCAAGUUGGCUGAUUUUGGCCUUGCUGCUCAGCUCACUGCUGAGCAGAGCAAACGGAGAUCAGCUGUUGGGACUACUUACUGGAUGGCGCCAGAAAUUUUCACCAGGAAGCCCUAUGGCCCCAAAGUGGACAUCUGGUCCUUUGGAAUUGUGGGGAUCGAGAUGGUGGAAGGAGCACCUCCGUACCUGAUGAAAACCUCCCGCACGGUACGCUGCAGCUGCUCUCAGAUACUGCUGUCACCCUGACAAAAUCUGCUCCCAUCCUUCUGCCUGGGAAGCUUGCCAACACCUGAAAAUGAUAGGUUCCAGGCUGCACAGUCUCUUGUGCUUCUUGGCCAGAUCAUCCCCUUGCCAUUUUUAUGCAUGAACAACACCAAAAAAUCGUGAUGCCUUUUGCUUGGCAGAAGCUUUGCCUCAGGGAGCAGGGAGCAGUGCUGAGCUGCAUUUUGUGGAAUAAUCCUUGGAAAUAGUAGAAUGAGAUGGAAGUCCUUCUUUUAAAAUGCCUGAAGAGGUGGUGUCAGUGCUCAGAGAAGCAAAGUGUGCUGUUGCUGAUGGAGCUGCUGCUAAUUCCAGCAGCCAGUGAAAUCAGGGGUCAAGGCAAGAGCCUUUGCAUACUGGACUGGCUAUGGCUGCCUCUGGCUUUGGGUUGUUUUAGUAGGGCUAGGAAAGGCAUCUGGCACCCUGUGGCAGGGAGUAAAGUGCCACUGGAGAGUGGAGCUUGUCCAGUGGGGUCUGUGUGAGCAGUUUGGGGUGCGAAGGAGACAGGUAGAGUGUGGCAUUUCCUUCUUCUCUAGGUUCAACAGCUGAUAAG